AUGUUUUCCUCUGCCGGCCAAGCUCACCGCAGGAGGUCCGACCAUAUUCGGGGCAACUUCAAUGCGGACCGAGCACACCAGCAGCAGAUAUCGAGGCGAAGAUACAACAACCAGAGCAGCUUGUUCGCGAGAAUACGACCCAUGCCAUCGCCGCUAGCGCCGCUAUUAGAGUGGCAAACGACAGCAGCAGCGGCAGAUGGGGAGAAAACAAACGAUCGUAGAGAUGCAGCACCCGCGGCUUUGUCAGGAUUUUGCGCCGCGGCUGCGGCAGCUGCUGCCACAAGCGCGAUCCGAAAGUCGCACUUCAGCCACGUGGUUGAACGCACAGACCGUUGGUGCUUGGAGAGAGAAGCGUUUAGGGUGAAGGUGCACGAACACGUUGGCCGGGAGUUGGCGAGGAUGGCUGCACAAGCUGCAGCCUCACUGGCGGUCGUUGCCGAAGCAGAGGAGAGAGGCAGCGUAAUUUAG